CCCUUUCUUUUCGGUCAAGCAAACCAAAACCCCAAAUAUUCAAAGUCCCCCUUUAAGAAAAUCAGAUUCUAGAAAUCCAGUACUAAUUAAUUUUUUUUAUUAGUAAUUCAAUUUCACAAAGCAAUUGAAUAAAAAAAAAAUAAUUCUUUCACUAAUAUCGCCAUCUUGUAAAAUCCGCUUUGCUUUGUUCUUCUCUCUGUGCUUCCAUAAUUUUUUUUAAUCAAUGAAGGGCAUCUGUUAUCGUGAGGAGGUGAUUUAGAUUAUCUCUGUUAGUUUAGCGUUGUGCAAAAGGUAAGAAUUUGUUGACUUUAUACCGACGUUAUGGAGAAAAGUGGCUUGUACAGAGAUCACCGUGCAGUACAGAAGUUGGUUUCACAUUUUCUUCUCCAUGAUGUGGCUUCUCGGAAAUUUAUCACAGAAGAUUUAUACUAUACUACUUCAGUAUUUAGCCUUUUUGUUUGGUACUUGUAAAUAGAUAGUUUUGUCUGUAGAUAAAAUGGAACAAAAGUGGGUUGGAGUGUUAGAUAAUGGCUGUACGACUGUGAUUGGAUCAAAGAGAAAGGUGGCUUCUCAGAAUUUGGCACAUUUAUUUAGAGCCAGCAGUGAGAAACUGUCUGUUCAAUCCAACUGUGAUAGCAAGCUUGGGAAGAGGAAAAGGACUGUUGACUGCGAGUCUAAUUGUCAGUCACAUCUCAGGAAAUCUGUACUCAAGAACUACCUAAACUUUAUGAGAAGCAGACUGCCGCAACGUGUACUGUUUUAUCAGAACGGUGAAUGGACUGACUUCCCUCAAGAUAUUGUUCUUAUAGUUAAAGAAGAUUUUCGGGCAAAAAAGACUGUUAUUGAGGUGAAAGUUUGUGACCUUCAUAUAAUGCUUGAUAUUCUAUAUAUGGUUCAAGUAGAUCUGAUAAAUGGUUUACAGAAACCUAUUGCCUGGAUAGAUGAAGCAGGUAGCUGUUUCUUCCCUGAGUCGUAUCUUAUCAGUUGUGAAAUUCAUGGGAACUUUGAAACCCAGUCAAAGAGAACUGAAGAGUUCAUGACAACUGAGCCUGAUAGGGUAACUGAUAUCAAGUUGCAACUCGAAAUUGACUUAAAUGGAUUGAACAAUUGUAAUUUGGAAGAAUGUGUGCAAGAGUCGAAUAUCGGUUAUAAGAGGAUUAAAGUAAAUCCUUUUAAAGACAAUCAAGAAUUUGCUGAUGAUAAAAAAUCAGAUGCAAAAAUGGAACAAGUUGCAGAAAAUAAACAGAACCAGGAAACUAUGUCUCCUGACUUAGUAGCUAGCCUGAAAUUGGUGGAUGCAGAAUCUGUCAAAAAUAUGUUUAGCAUGGGAAUGAAUAGCUUCCCUAAAGUGGAUGAAAUCAAAAUUACCAAAUGCUCUAGUAAUUAUUUGAGAACUCGCAUGGAACUCUUUGAGAAGCAGGUUGAAAUAACGAAAAAAUAUCGUGGGAAUGCAAAUGUUCGACAUGCUUGGCUUGCCGCUUCCAAAGAUUUAAUAUCUACAUUUAUGAACUAUGGCCUUGCACAUGGCGGACCUAAAGAUAAGAAUAAAUUUGGAGUUGGAGUUCACCUCAGUGCUCGGGAUUGUGCAUCCAAAAGUGCUAUUAAUUGCGAUGUUGACGAAAAUGGCGUUCAUUACAUGGUUUUUACUCGUGUGAUUUUGGGUAAUGUGGAACCUUUGCACUGGGGAUCUGAACAAUGUCAUCCCAGUGAUGAAAAAUACGAUAGUGGAGUUGAUGAUCUUGAGAAUCCUACUUUUUAUGUUGUUUGGAAUAUGAAUAUGAAUACGCAUAUAUACCCAGAGUAUGUUGUGAGCUUCAGAAUUCCUCCAGGAGCUGAAGGACCCCGAUUUGGAAACAAUAGCCGGAUUUGUGUCAGUACUUGUUAUCAGGGCCCUGUGGAUCAGGUACUGAUAAAUACAUUCCCAAAGGACUCGGGAAGUCAUUGUCAUCAAAUAUCAAUGGGUAAGUUGGCCCUAGAAAAGGCUGCAAGGACUCCAAAGUCCCCUUGGAUGCCAUUCCCCUUGUUGUUUGAUGCAAUCUCCAACAAAGUUACUGCAGAGAAUAUGAACCUUGUUACUAGCAAUUAUGAGUUGUUUAAGAGCAAGAAGAUAUGUAGGGAUGAAUUUGUCAGACAUUUGAGGUUAAUUGUAGGCGAUAAUCUGUUGAAGUCCACAAUUACAAGCCUUAAGUGCCAGGUACCGUCUAAAUCCACUGAAUUGGUCCCGCAAAAGCAAGAGCCAGAAAGUGCUGCCUUUGAAUGAAAUACUGCCAAUUCCAUUGGCUAGAGGGACAGAGUAACCGUCUUUACGUGAAACGCCUUCUCCCUGUUGUAGUGACGUCGUUUAGGAGGUUGGAUUCCCUUUCCUACAGUAAUGUGAUAGUAAAAGCAUCUCAUCUUUUGUCCUAGAAUAUGCGGAUGCAAUUGCAAAGUAGUUAAGUUCUUUUUCGAAGAACUUAAAAAAAGUAGUUUAAGUUCUUUUUCGAACUGGCUUACUCUUUGAAGUGAAUGCUUAUAAAGUUUACCUUUGAGGUUUAUAUUUCA